UUGAGUUUCAAAGCUGCCUAGCACAAAGAACCUAUAUAGGAAGCAUUCACCUUUACCUUUCCUUGGAUAACUCAAAUGGUGCUUCCACAUUGCAAGAACAAGUUACUUUUUCAGAUCAUCAGAACUACUUCAACAUGUCGAUGCAAUCAGGAGUCAUGAUCUCGGAUGAAUGCAUCACUGCGUCCCGGUCACUCCGCUUCAGCAGAGGGCCCAAGAAGCCCCGGUUUGUGAUCUACAAGAUCUCCGACGACGAGACCACAGUCGAACUAUGCGAAUCCUCUAGCGAACCCAACUACGAGGUCUUCCUCCACACCCUGCGCGGUGCAGAAGACAGCACGGGGAAGCCGAUGCCACGAUACGCGGUGUACGACGUGGAAUAUGACCUCGGGGAGGACGGGAAGCGCUCCCGCCUGGUGUUUAUCAGCUGGGUCCCCCGGGAAACAUCACUGAAGUUGUGUAUGUUAUAUGCGACCACAAAGGAGCAGUUACGGAACGAGCUCGACAUCAAGCUUUCCAUUCACGCGGAUGCCCCAGAUGACCUGGAGUGGCGGAAUAUCCUGAGCGUCGCUAGCGGGGGAAGAGCCUAGCGGUUGGAGCUUUGUGUGAUGUCUUGCUGUGCGAAGCAUACGUUGUAUUCUGUUGACAAUUUAUAUGCCG